CAUUCGUACCUCCUGGUAAACAAGACGAGGAAACGAAACUAACUGCGUUGCCUGGAGCACGAGUGGGAGGGAGCGAGUCUCCACCACAGUCCGGACCGUGUUCGGGACUCGCGGUACUCGCACCAUGGACAGGCAGCCCCUGCUCAGAAACAUUGAACCUGACCAAUCGUUUCAGCCCCUGAGCCCACAGCUUUUACCCACAGUUGCAACUGCAGCUUACCCUGGAGCUCCACAGGCUGAGGAAGUUCCGUCCGCACCACCAGCUCACCUGCUGGAUGACGUCACUGGAUAUGAGGGGACCGUAGGUGGUGAGGAGAACUUCGUUCCACCACCACUUUCCACGGCAGAAGGAACAGAGAGACCGGAGCCUCAUCCACAGAGGGCGUGGAGUAUCCCAUCUGUCACUGAGGAGACGGCUAGAGAGGCAUUUAUCCAGUAUGCAUCCAGCAAAUGUUGCUACAGUGCCAAACCUGCCAAAGAAAUGGCCUUUCGAGAUUUAAGACCAUGCAACACCUACAGAUAUCGCCUGGAAAGCUUCACUGAAUCCAGAUCAACUGAGUGGACAUCAAAGCCCUAUACAGGUCAGUUUGUGGACAGCAAUGCCUAUGGGCCUGCUCCACUUCCCUGGGAUAUUGUAGUGCACAUACCCCAAAUGUUUCAGGACUACACCGAGAAAGUCCCCGUGCCUCACACUUCCUCCGUUAAGGGAUGCCACUCAUGCAUGGCGUUGGGUAGAAAAGCAUGUACCAACUGCACGGCAAUUGGAAGGGUGAGAUGUCAGUCGUGCGGCGGACGUGGUUUCCAGUUCGAUGAUAGGUGCAAUCGCUGCCGUGGCAGUGGCUUUCAACGCUGUAUGCUGUGCAGCGGCACUGGAACAAAACCUUGUAGUACAUGUUGCCAAAGUGGACAACUCCUGGUCUACAUCCAGCUAAUAGUCAAGUGGAAAAAUAACAUUUUUGAAUACAUUGCUGAUCAACAAAGUGGACUUCCUUUAAAUCUUUAUGAAGCAAUGAUUGGCCAGUGUAUCUUCACUGAUGAACAAGUUAUGGUCAGUCCUGUAGUGGCGUUUCCAGAGAUGAAGAUCACUCAGGCUUCUCAGCAGGCCAUCCAGCAGCAUCGAGUCCAGCUGACAAGAGCCUCUAUUAUAAUACAGCAGCGUCAGACAAUUGAGUUAAUUCCCAUCACUCAAGUGUAUUAUGAGUGGAAAGGAAAGGAAUACAGUUACUUUACCUGCGGCGUUGACAACAAAGUAUAUGCCCCUGACUAUCCUGCCAAGUGUUGCUGCUGCACCAUUCUAUAAGCGUACCAAUGGGACCAAGCUGACAUGCCUUCAACCCUGUCAACGUAAUUCACCAACUUACUGCUAAACUGCAGAAAUCCCAGAUCUGCACUUUUCUCCUGCAUUAUGUCUGUUAAACUUGGGCCACUUUUCUGUGCCAAAGGAUCAAUAAGUACCAUUUAAGUUUCUCAUCAAGUCCAGGAUUGCUCUUGGUUCCAUCCUUGAUCAGCCAGUGUAACAGGACAGGCAGCACAAUGGGUAGAGAGUAAGGGAUGGUAUGGAUCUGUGGUGAAGUGACACCUAUCGAUUCUGAUGUUAUCUUUCUUGACUCCACUUAUUGAAGUUAUUUGAUAAUUGGGAUCAUUUGUCCCAUGUGAGUCACUGAUCUGAGUUGGUGGGUGAAAGAAGAAUAUUGCAAACCCCGGACAGAGACCUGGGUCAUGGGAUUAACCCAUUCUAAAAGGCCAACUUCAGUAACAAAGCCUUACCUUGCAAAUUAACCCUUCCUAAUCACUGGAGGGAGUGUUACGUGGUCUCUAGAAAUCGAUGCCACUUUCUGUUGGCAUGAACAAGCAAGACAUUGAGAUGAUAGACCCUCUCUACAGCUGUCUUUGACCUUGGUCAUCUCCCUCCAUUAAUAUCAAGGAAAUGGUGAUCACCACCAAAGCUUGCAGCUAAUAUAUUGCAUGUUCUGUGGGGUGGGGGGGUGGAUUUCAUUAGUGUUGAUAUCACAGAAAACAUUUGAACUUUGUAACAGGUCCCUGAAAGUACCGAAUAGUUAUGCAACUUUAAUAAGGCAUGAUGCUGAGGUUUGUGCAUUUUUGCAGGUAAUAUGCCAGCUUUGUAAUUGGAUUUACGUAGCACAUAACAGCACAAUACAAGCUCUUUGGCCCACAACGUUGUGCUGACCUUAUAACCUACUCUAAGUGUUCCCUCCCCCAUACCUCUCCAUUUUCUAUCAUCCAUCUGCCUUCCUAAGAGUCUCGCAAAUUGGAUUUGUUGAGAAAAUAAAAGUUACCAAGAACUGUUGAAAUAGCUGGUGAGACACCAGAGCAGACUGCGAGAGACAAACAGAAUAAAAUUGAUGUAAAAGCAGACAUACAAUGGGAGAGAAAGGCAAAGAAACACAGACAGAUAAGCAGAGAAUCAUGGACAAAUCAGGAGAUGAGCAAAGACACGGUCCCAACGGGAUUUAUAAUGGAAAUGCUAUUGCUGUCACUUACAAAUCAGAAUUUUGAAGCCUUAUCACUUUACCACACACCUAUGUUUUCUAGAUUUUUUUUCACUCAAAUAGUUGCGUGGAUAAUUUCACAGUAUAUAACUAGCUUUGCCUGAAAUCUGCAAAUUCAGUUUUUGCUGAAAAAUUGUAACUUCUGAAGUUGUAACCAAAUCAAGUGUAGCAUUUUUAAAGUGAGAAUCCACCAAACCAAGAUAUACAUUCCAGAAGUGAUCCAACCAGUGAGCCUCGUAAUGCAGCUUAAAUAGCAGAGGGGCUUUCUGGAAACUACAUACCGACUUCCAUUUUCUGCAUCUAGCACUCUUCUAAAACCUGAAAUAUAAACCAAUCUAAUCCAUAAUUGGAAUGGUUACAAGUUAUCCCCUGGGUAUUUGAUGGCGGGGAGGGGUUGCUCCCUCUGCUGCAGUUGUGACACAGUUCAAAGAGUGGGCAAGGGACAACCUGCAGCAACAACCGGUCACCAGCUCAGAUUCAGAUUUGGAGCUGGAGGCCAAAAUGACAAUUGAACAGUACUGAGCCCGGACUCUGGCCUUUGUUGAUUGUUAUCUGUGCCUGAUUUUUUUUGAUUUUGUGUGGUGGAGAGAAUGCAUAAUUUUUUUAAAAAAUCAGUGUUUGACACUAAGUUCUGUACCAUGUCAAUUUGAACUCUAAAAUGCACAGUAUGUGCAAUUUCAUGUUUUCAAAUCGAGUGUGACUGAAUUAAAGGCUUUGAGCUGAACUGCCCUGUGGUGGGCAAUAUUAGGCUGAAAAUCAAUGUGCUGAGCAGGGCAUUUACUGAUCAAAUUUUUAAAGUGCACUUUUGAUACCACUGCUCCAAAAAAUGCACUGUAUUGUGAUAUCAUGUUUCUAAACCAAGUGUGACUGGAAUUGAAGACUGUAUGAGCUUAAAUUCCCUGUGGUUGGCAAUAUUAGGCUGAAAAUCAAUGCACUGAGAAGCGCGUUCACUGGUCAACUCUUGAUACCACUGCUCCCAAAAUGCAUAUUAGUGAUAACACAAUUAGUAUAAAUGCUUUAAGCUGAUAAACAAGAUUUAUCUUACUCUGUUACCUUGCACACAUUAUUUUUAAAAUUCUUUUGUAAUUGUAAAGUGGUUCAAUGCAACAACAGGUCAAAUCUUUUUUGUGCUUAUACUGGACUUUGUUUUAAUACAAAUGCUUGUUGGCCUUCAUCAUUUCAAAGAACUAUCAUCUUGGUUGCAAUUAAUUCUGACAUUCGUCUAGUACUUGGUGUAAGGGAUCAAAUUUGUUUUUAAAACAUUGAAAUUUAUUAAAAUUGCAUUUGU